GAUUUUCAGUAGCUAUAUGUGUCAUCGUAUCUUCUCAUGAUUUUGAUGACGUUCACCCUUAUUUAUCUACCGCAAAGUGCUGCAGACUGCAGUACCACGGUCACAAUUGGUAUCAUCGUAUCUCGUUGAUACUUAGAAAUGUAAAGUAUUACGAGAUAUAUUUAAUACGAAUUUUUUCAAGUGGUACCGUUCUAUCUCUCUCGAUUGCUAGCCUAAAAUUGGAUCUAAUCUUGGUUUCUUAGAAUAUACUAUGGAUGACGAGCUUGAAGAUAGAAUCUUAUAUCAGACUUACGUGUCUCAUAUGAAACUGAUGUCAAAGUUCACAGUGGGUAUUCCAGCUGUCUUAAAUGCUGCUGUCAAUACACCAUUAGGUUACUUUUGGAGAAUCAUGAGAAUCUAUGCUUUUAAACCAGAGGUAUUAAUUUGCUGCACACUUUUAGCAGUAAUGCUUCUCUAUAUACAAGCUGUUGAUCCUUGGAGUAGAAUGCUAUUCGAUAAAAUUCAAUAUACUCUAGGACGUACAACAUCUAAGGUUUCAAAAUUGCAAUUUCUUGUCAAUGAUUCUGUAAAUAAUGGGGUAAAACUUAGCUGGGAAUUAAAACAAGGGAAUAUAGCAGCUUAUGCUGUUCAAGGUCAUAGAGCUCGCAUGGAAGAUCGCUUUGUUGUAAAUGAAAAUUUAAAUAAUACCGGUGUAUCCUUGUUUGCAGUUUUUGAUGGUCAUGGAGGAGAGUUUGCCGCAAAUUAUGCUCGUGAUAAACUUAUUCCAAAUAUAAAUAAAAAGGUGAUAGAGCUAAAGGAUAUGAUAGCUGGUAGAUAUUCUGAAAUACAAAAAAAUAAUCAAAUAAAUAAUCGGCCAACAUUUCAAUCUGAAAAUAAAAAAGAUGAAAAAACAGACUCAACCACAAUUGAACGUAAGAAAUCUUUUCGUAAAACUGUUAGUACUUCGAUAACGGAUGAUUGUAUGAAAAAUAGUGUUGGCGUUACUGAUCCAGAAUUAUUGGAUAAAUUAGAUAGUCUAUCACGGCCAAUCACAAGGGAGGUAAGACCUUGUAGAUCAGGUGAGACUCAACCUGAAAUUGAUAUGACAACCUAUUUAGAUGGAGAUAAAAUAAAUUAUGGUAGACUAUUAACCGAUGAAGUUUUGGCAGUAGAUCGGUUAUUAGUUAAAGCAGCUAAAAAAAACAUGGAUGUAGCAGGUACCACUGCUCUGAUCGCACUUUUAGAAGAUAAUAAAUUAGUAGUAGCAAAUGUUGGUGAUUCUAGAGGUGUAAUGUGUGAUGGAAAAGGCAAUGCGAUACCUUUAUCGUUUGAUCAUAAACCACAACAGGAAAGAGAGAAAAAGAGAAUAUAUAAAGCUGGUGGAUUGGUGACAUUCAAUGGAGUUUGGAGAGUUGCUGGUAUAUUGGCAACAUCUCGAGCUUUGGGAGAUUAUCCAUUGAAAGAUAAAAAAUUAGUGAUAGCAGAUCCAGACAUCUUAACAUUUGAUCUAAGCGAUCACAAUCCUAUGUUCCUUGUUUUGGCAUCUGAUGGACUAUGGGAUACUUUUACAAAUGAAGAAGCUGUAGCAUUUAUCAAAGAACGUAUAAACGAGCCACAUUUUGGUGCAAAAAGUAUUACAUUACAAAGUUAUUACAGGGGAUCUUCAGAUAAUAUCACAGUAGUUGUAAUCGACUUACGAGAUAAGAAAUAUAAUGGAACAGAAUCAAAAAGGAAUCAGUAAUUACUAUCUUAACUGUUUCCAAAGUAUUAUAUGAUAAAACUUCCUAAUGUUGUUUUUCCAACAACUCUUCUAGUCAUUAAAUUCAAUUUAAUAUUUGAAUUUAUGAAAGCGAAGAGAAAGAAUGGGUAUAUUAUUACCACAAUAUUGUGAUUUCACCAAAUAUGAUAUUUGAGAGGUUAUUAAUGUGUAAAAUAAGAGAUUAUUCAUUUUUGUUAUCAAUUUUCAUUUGUUAUUAUGAUAAUAUAUAUUGUAAACUAUA